AGCUCUGGGUGAGGGGCGGAGCGCCACUGGCCGCGGAAACUGCACGAGGUGAACGCGAACAAAAAUAACCGUGGGGGCGGUAGCCAGUUAAAGCACCGGAGGGGCACGAGCGCUCAGAAUAAAGACAGACGGGUAACUUUCCGACUCCUCGCGAGAGGUACAAAAACAUUCAGCGCACGUACAACCAGGUCGUGAGGCAACUGAAGCUUAAGCAGUCAAACUUUAACCGAAGUCCUUCCAUCCCUGCAGCUGCGUGUGACGGGGGUGUGUGUGUGUGUGUUCCUGAUGGCCGGUCGCUCCGCGGUGUGUGUGUGUGUGUGUGUGGUGGUGCUGGCGCUGUGGGGUGUGUGUGAGCCCCUGGCCUCUCCUGCGGUGGUGUCCCCCUCGUACGGCGAGCGCGGCUCAGACCUGGGCCUGCAGGUGUUUGGGCAGGUUGCCAGGGCAACCCCCCGUGCCAACGUGCUUCUGUCCCCCCAUGGCGUGGCCUCGGUGCUGGGCAUGCUCCUGCCCGGUGCCCAUGGCAACACCCGCAGCCAGAUCCUCAACGGCCUCCGCUACAAGAAGAAUGGUCCAUAUAAGAUGUUGCGUAAGCUGCAUAAGUCUCUGACGGGGCGAUCCAACGCUGACGUUGUGGUCAUCGCGAAUGGCAUCUUCCAUCAGCAAGGCUCCACCAUCAAACCUGACUUCCUGUCCGCAAACAGGGAGAACUUCCUGUCCGAGAGCCACAACCUCGACUUCAGCCAACCACAGCAGGCCGCGGCCACCAUCAAUGACUGGGUCAAUAACCGCACCAGGGGCCACAUCCCCACCCUGGUGAGCGCUGACAUGUUGGACCCCAGUAUGACUCGUCUGGUGGUGGUGAACUCCAUCUACUUCAAGGGCCUAUGGAGGUCCCGCUUCCAGCCGCAGAACACCCGGCCACGCCCCUUCACCCGCCCCGACGGCACCACCCUCAAGGUGCCCAUGAUGUCACAGCUGUCUGUCUUCAACAUCGGUUUGAUGUCUACUCCGGAGGGCUUGAAGUAUGAGGUGAUUGAGCUGCCGUAUCAUGGCGACAGCCUGAGCAUGUUCAUUGCGCUCCCAGCUGACGAAGACACACCCCUGACGGCCAUCUUGCCACAUAUCUCCACGGCAACUGUGCAAAGCUGGACCAGUCAGAUGGCCCAAAGGAAGAUCCGCCUCCUUUUGCCUAAGUUCACAGUGGAGGCUGAGGUGGAUUUGGAGGCCCCUCUGUCAUCUCUGGGGAUCUCAGACGUCUUCAGUGAGGCCAAGGCUGACUUUCGCCACCUGAGUGAGGAGCCUGUGUAUGUGUCCAAAGCUUUGCAGAAAGCCAAGAUUGAGGUCAACGAAGAUGGGACCAAAGCUGCCGCAGCAACCACUGCGAUCCUGUUGGCCCGGUCCUCCCCGCCGUGGGUCAGUGUAGACAGACCAUUUCUGUUCCUCAUCCGUCACAAUCCCACAGGAACUAUUCUCUUCGCCGGCCAGAUCAACGAACCUUGAGCCAGUGUUCUGAGGGGACCUGGGCAAACAAACACACACACACACACACACACACACACACACACACACACACACACACACUCACCUAUACAUAAAUACCACCACACUGACAUGACAUGAGACCUUAUCUCUCCAAGUCUAGAGCCUAUGACAUGGACACACACACACACACACACACACACACACACACACACACACACACCUAUGACAUGGACUGAUUUUGCUCUGACUGAAAUACAUGUGCGUUUGUUUCUCAACUUCUUUUACCUGCUGAUAGCUCCAAUGUCCAAUGUGACGCGCACAGACACACACACACACACACACACACACACACACACACACACACACACACACACAGGUCAUGUUGCACUAUGCAAAAGUGUUUAAAUGUCCUGAGUCAUAGGAUGUGGAGGUUUGCUCCAUUUGUAAUGUAUUUUACGUACGUUUUAUAUCCCAGUAUCUUGCAUACCCCUGCUAGAGGAGAGUAGGGAUACAUUCCUUGUGUGACUAACCCAUAGUGUUUGUUUUAUUUUUUUUUAAUGCCUUAAGUUUUAUAUUCUGUCCUGUCUUUUGUGAUAAUCAUUUUGUACUCUUUAAAGGAAAAGAGUUUGAUUUGCCUAACAUGUUCAACGUGACUACACACUUGCUGUAUUGUACCCCAGUGUGAUAUUUAAUAAAGUAGGCUUUUUCAUUUUGGACUAAA